GUCAGCUAGACUACUCAAUAUAUGUCUAUUUUUAAAAAUAAAAGCAAGAUGGCAGCCCCCACCGUGGAGUAUUUUAACGAACUUUGUAAAAAGAAUUUAAAGACUUCUAAAAAGGCUGUAACUCUGGACAUAGGUGGAGGGAAAAAAAUAUCCGGAGUUUCGUGUAUUGCAAAAUAUCUACAACGAUCUCUUGAUGAUUUUAAAGGUUUGUCUUUAGAGGAUCGUAUGGCAGUAGAGCAGUGGCUGGAAUAUAACAACACCAUUCAAAAUUCUUCUCAAGAUGCUGAAACACAAAAGCUUAUACUCAAGGAGCUGAAUACUUAUUUGAAAGAUAAAGUGUACUUUGUAGCCCAGCAAUUAACAUUGGCUGACAUUCUAUUGUAUCACAAUCUCCAUGACUUAAUUAAAAAACUAUCAUUCCAAGAGAAAGAAAAAUACAUUAAUGUUUCAAGAUGGUUUAACAAUGUUCAACAAGAGAAGAAAUCAAGGCAGUCUUUGUCACAGUUGAUAUUUCUAAGAACUCCUGUGUACGAUGGCUUCAGUGGACACUAGCAUGUUGGAUCUAUCCUACUAACUGCUGUUUCUUCUUUGUAAAAAUAAGUUAGUGAAGAAUUUGUUUGGACCUUGUGCCAUCAUAUGAAUUGGAUUUCAUGUUUUAACCUUUAAUCAAAUAUAGGAAUAGGAAAUAAUGGUUUUAAUGUAAGCAUGAAAUAUUCUGAAAAAUAUAUAUAUCAUUUUUCUAGAACUAGACUGUUUUAACUCCAAUUUUCAAAAAUGUUCUAAACAAGGUUUAAAAGUUUUUCUUAACAUUUCUAUUUUAAAGACUUGCUGAAAUUAAAGUGUAGUGUAGUAAUGGUUAGAGAUAUGGCCAAAAAAUAUGUUUUGUCUUGGUGUAUUUAGAACACAAAAUGUAUAACUCUUAAAAAAAUAAGUUAAAACACGUUGGUUCUAAUAAAGCGAUAUGAAAUUUGCAGAACAUAAGUUUUAACAAGUUUAAAUUUCAAGCAAUGCACAUUUAAUUCAGUAUUAUUUAUUAAUUACAGAAUGCAUGUAAAUAUUGUUCAACAACUUCUAGUACAAAACUGGCCCAAACUAAGAUUCAUUUUA